AUGGAAAGCCAGAGAAACAUCUCAGAAUUCAUUCUUCUAGGACUUUCUUAUGACAAAAACACUCAAAUAUUUUGUUUUGUGUUCUUCUUACUCUGUUAUAUUGCUCUUUUGGUAGGAAAUCUUGUGAUCCUUGUCUCUAUUCAAUGCAGUCCUCUUUUUGACCAACCAAUGUACUAUUUUCUCAUCCACUUGUCGACCAUGGACAUCUGCUAUACCUCCACUGUCACACCCAAGUUAAUUGGUGACCUGCUGGUGGAGAGAAAGACCAUUUCCUACAGUAGCUGCAUGUUGCAGGUCUUUACCAUGCACUUCUUUGGGGGUGUUGAAAUCUUCAUUCUUACCGCCAUGGCUUAUGAUCGCUAUGUUGCCAUCUGCAAACCUCUCCACUACAUGAUUAUCAUGAACAGGACAAGAUGCAAUCUCCUGGUCUUAGCUGCUUGGGUAGGAGGAGGUGUUCAUUCCUUUCCUCAAUUUUCUAUGGCUAUCACACUGCCCUUCUGUGGUCCCAAUGAAAUUGAUCACUAUUUUUGUGACAUUUUUCCUCUGUUAAAAGUUGCCUGUACUGAUACCUACAUCACAGGUAUCCUUGUAAUUACCUUUUCAGGGAUCAUUUCCUUAGUCACCUUUGUUGGUUUGUUUCUUUCUUAUGGCAUUAUACUGUUCACUCUAAGGAAUCAGUCCGCUGAAGGAAGACGCAAAGCUCUCUCCACUUGUUGGUCUCAUAUCACUGUGGUCAUCUUAUUCUUUGCUCCUGUGAUCUUCAUCUACUUAAGACCUCCUACUACUUACCCUGAGGACAAAAUAUUUGCAAUAUUUUACACCAUUGUUGCUCCUAUGUUCAAUCCCUUAAUCUACACUUUGAGAAACACAGAGAUGAAGAACACCAUGAGGAAAUUUUGGUGUCAAACGUUAUUUUUGAAA